AGACCUCUGUUUUAAGGGACAGGGUUGUUAAACAGAAGGCAAAAAAACAAAAACCCAAAACACUACCACAUUUGUUACUUGCUUCAUCAACUGGGAAACAAACAUCUGCCAGUUCUAUUGUAGGGAUCAAUAACACUUAUACUCCAAGCUUUUUGGAAGGACUGGAAUUUGUACUUUAGCUCAAGGGUCUCCAACCUUGGCGACUUUAAGCCUGGAGGACUUCAACUCCUCCAGGCUUAAAGUCACCAAGGUCGGAGACCCCUGCUUUAUCUGACCACCUGCCUUCUAAAAAGUCCACUUCUAACCCUCUCUUCAAAAUAAUGGCAGAUGACAGGAAAAGCUGACAAAUUUGCCCCUGUCAAAGAACUUCUUUUCUCAGGAGUGAGUUGACCAAGCAAGGGUCCUUGUUAAUAUGUGGAGAUCAAUUUGUGCUGUCCUUUUUUUCCUCCAGGGAACCAAGAGAAAGGUGAUAUGGGUUUAGGAGCAGUGCCUGGGCGCCAGCCUGAAUUCCGGGAAGGUGUGGCUUUGGCUGUGAAGUAUGCCAAAGAACUGAAAUGUCCAAGGAUCCAUCUUAUGGCUGGCCGAUUUCCUACAGGUGCUAAAAGGGAUGCUGCGUCAACUGAGAUGGAAGCUACCUUUAUUGAAAACCUCAGAUAUGCUGCUGACAUCUUGAAACAAGAAAAUCUGAUUGGAUUACUGGAGCCUAUUAAUAACCAGAUUAGUGAUCCCAAUUAUUGUUUGACCACACCACAGCAAGCUGCUGCCAUUUUGGAAAAGGUAGGACGACCCAGUUUGAAGCUACAGUUGGAUAUUUUCCACUGCCAGAUCAUGAAUGGUAAUCUGACACAGAAUUUAAAGAGAUAUUUCCCAAUUAUUGGACAUAUUCAAAUUGCCCAAGUACCAGAACGGCAUGAGCCUGAUAGCCCUGGAGAAUUGAACUUCCAUUACUUAUUCCAGUUACUGGAGUCAAUGAAUUAUAGUGGUUAUAUCGGCUGUGAAUAUAAACCAAAAGGUAACACAUUGGAUGGAUUAAGCUGGCUGUACGCGUACUGGGAAGAUCAUUGUGUGUGAAAAGUUGGAAAAAACUGAAAUAAAAUCCAUUACAGAUGGAGUAACCAACAGCAGCAACUGCCGUAUUCUUCCCAGAGGGAAGAACCACUUUUUUGCUACUGCCUGAGCUACCAAAAGUAUCCC